AUGUCCGUAGCAGCUAAAGGUAUAUUCAUUGUGGGUGCCAAGCGCACAGCUUUCGGCACAUUCGGUGGUGUGUUCCGCAACACAACCGCUACUGAGCUGCAGACUACAGCUACUAUCGCGGCCCUGAAGGAGGCUGGCGUCGCCCCCGAGAAGGUCGACUCCAUUGUCGUGGGCCAGGUUAUGACGGCAUCUCAAACAGACGGUAUCUUCAUUCCCCGCCACGUUAUGCUGAAGGCAGGCAUCCCUCAGGACAAGCCAGCGCUUGGCGUCAACAGGCUCUGUGGUUCUGGUUUCCAAUCAGUCGUCAACAGCGCACAGGACAUCUUAACCGGUUCUGCCAAGAUCUCCAUCGCUGGUGGAGUAGAGAACAUGUCUCAAGCUCCCUUCGCAGUUAGGAACGUGAGAUUCGGAACAGCUUUAGGUUCAUCGUAUGCUUUCGAAGACACAUUAUGGGCUGGUCUCACUGACUCUUACUGCGGUCUUCCCAUGGGUAUGACUGCUGAGAAGCUCGGAGCACAGUUCGGUAUCACUAGGGAUGAGGUUGAUAACUUCGCGCUGAGGUCCCAGCAGAGAUGGAAGGCCGCCCAAGACGCGGGUGUCUUCAAGGCUGAGAUUACCCCAGUGACCCUGACUGUGAAGAGGAAGGAGGUCAAGGUUGAAGUGGACGAACACCCUCGUCCUCAGACCACCAUUGAAGGUCUUAAGAAACUGCCUCCUGUAUUCAAGAAAGAGGGUCUGGUCACCGCUGGUACUGCGUCUGGUAUCAGUGACGGUGCCGGAGCCAUAGUCUUGGCUGGUGAGGAAGCUGCCAAGGGUCUGAAGCCCCUCGCCCGACUAGUGGGCUGGUCCUACGUUGGUGUAGACCCCAGCAUCAUGGGCGUCGGUCCAGUGCCAGCUAUCGAGAACCUGCUCAAGGUCACCAAGAUGUCCCUCAAUGAUAUCGACCUGAUUGAGAUCAACGAAGCCUUCUGCGCUCAGACCCUGGCCUGCGCCAAGGCUCUGAAGCUUGACAUGGAGAAACUGAACGUGAACGGAGGUGCCACUGCUCUAGGACACCCUCUCGGAGCCUCUGGAUCCCGUAUCACCGCACACUUGGUGCAUGAACUCAGACGUCGUGGUCUGAAGCGUGGUAUUGGCUCCGCGUGCAUCGGAGGAGGCCAGGGCAUCGCGCUCAUGGUGGAGACCGUUUAA